GAAAAUAGAGAUGGAGGAAGAAUCACCAACAACAACACAUCCGUUUGUUGUAGCGACCAAGGAGCUGUCUUUGUCGAAGCAAACGUUAACUGCAACAUGUCCCAAAUCCUUAAAGAACCAGACAGUGAAAUUUUGACGAAACUCCUUCCAUGUUCUGUCCUAUGCACUGAGCCAGUCGAGGAAUAUUCUCAGAUUGUUGCACAAGCCAACGUUUUUAACUGUGGUGGAAUCGUGAUCUCUAUUUGUCUGCUUCACAAACUCAUGGAUGCAACAAGUAUGAGCUGUUUUCUUACAUUUUGGGCCUCAAUCAAUAAAGGGUCGUCUUUUGAUUCUUCUUUUUGUAAUGAUAUUGUAUGUUCCAACUACAAAUUAGUGUCUUCUCUUUUCCCACAAACAAAUUCUUCCUCUUUUGAUCAUUCAAGCGUGCAACAAGCCUUCUCAAAAUGUGAAAAGAAACGGCAUUUCAAAAGGGUUGUGUUCAAAUCGAAGGCAAUAUCAGAUCUGAAAGCCAAAUCCAAGUCCAAAGAUGUCCCAAAUCCUACAAGUGUAGAAGUUUUGAGUGGCUUCAUUUGGAAAUGCAUCUGGGAAGCUGCAUCAGCGCCAUCUAUUUUGACACAUGCAGUGAACUUACGAAAGAGAAUAACAGUGGAGCCAUCGCUGCGUGAAGUCUGCGUGGGAAACAUUUUUUGGGUCAUUGUGGCUCAUUAUUUAGCAGAGGAAGAAAAGCAAGUGGAGGUUAGUGAAUUGGUGAGUUUGUUGAGACAUUCAUUUGCAGAAAUCAAUGGUGAUUACAUACAAGGGAGUGGAGAUAUUGUUAAGUUGAUGAAGGAGAGGAAAAAGUUGCUGUGUGAAGCUCCAAAAUUGUGCAUAUUUACGAGCUGGAGAAAUAUUGGUUUUAAUGAAGUGGACUUUGGGUGGGGAAAGCCCAUAUGGGUUGCUACUGCAGGAGAUUCAAAUGUGACAAAAGAUAAUAUUGUUGUUUUGUUGGAUGCCAUAUCAGGUGAUGGAGUAGAGGUAUGGAUUUUGCUUGAUGAAGAGGAGAUGAAGCUUUUAGAACAAAAUCCAGAGUUUCUUGAGUUUGCAUUGUUGAAUCCAGUUAUUCCUCUACCAUGAGAAAAGUUGAUGAAUUUGAAUAUGAAAUUCAAUACCUCUUGGUUACUCAUGUA